UAAAUUUAUCAGGAAAAGUGUAUUUAAAAGUGGACUAAUCCUUUAAUAAACGCCAACUACCCACCAAUGAAGAUGAGAUUAUACAUUUCCUAAGUUUGUCAGAACAGACGGCUUGAGAGUGUGAUUCCUUUGGUCCAGAUCUAUCUAGGAUAUGCGACAUUACAGAAUUCGUGUCUGCACCCAAUACAAUUUCAAAAUCUGAACAUUUUAAAAGAUAAGUAGACAAAACAGAGAAAAAAAGUAGGGUCCGGAGUACAAGGGGCAUAAACUGAAAUAAAUAAAAUUUUUCUAUUCUCCACUAUUGUUUUUAUAUGUGUUAUUCUACCGUCUGCAUCACAACCUUUAUCUAAAAUAGUAAUAUUUAAAGUCCUCCGUACUAAUAUUAGGACCCCCUUGGUUUUAGCAUCCGAAGAUGAAUGAGAUACCACUUCAUAAAACUUAUUAUUACACCUGCGUACAUCCUCCUCUUUCAGAUGGGAUUCUUGAACUAACACUAUAUCAAUCUUUCUUCUUCGCCAAAAGUCCAGAAAACCUGUACGUUUGUGUGGGCCAUUUAGGCCAUUGAUAUUACAACUGAGAAUAUUAAGGUCAGUCAUAGGUAUCGAACAGAAUUACUGCGUAAUAAGACAAAAUACAAAUUUGAAAACAAAACCAGUUGAGUCUACCAUCAAUCCACCCCCCACCCCCACCCUUCCCGUCAGUAUUCAAAAAAACAUAAACACAUUUCCAUGAACUAUGGCAGAUCAAACCAAGAACAAACCUUGAUCUGCCAGCACCCCUUAAUAUGAUCCGUGGCGUCAACAAAAACCUGCACAUUACUGAAGCACCAACAUUGGCCCCAAAGUCACAUAUUGACUAGAUAGUAUCUCUGUUGGAAAAAAUAAAAAAUAAAAAAAAAUAAAUAAAUAAUAAUAAUAAUAAUAAUAAUAAUAAUAAAAAAUAAAUAAUAAUAAUAAUAUAUAAUAAUAAUAAUAAAAUAUGAGAAAAGGAAUACAACUAUAAACAUAAAUAUUAUACCACCAUAAUCAGUGAACAAUACUUUAUGCUUAAUGGAACCUUUUAGUAACUGUAAGUUCAGAAGUAAACAUUAGAGUGAACAGUGAAAGACACAGUCGCCUACAGAGCAUCUCUUCUCCGAUUAGAUAGCAAAUGUCCAGCUAAAGUUCACUGAGGGUUAGUGGAUGAAUGGGAUCUGAGAAAAACUCUUGCUUCUUCUGGGGAGUAUAGCAUUUUAGGUUCACCUUGAUUGAGAAUGACCUUCAGCGUUGCAGGAUAGAGAAGAAAAUUCUGGAUGCCUGCCUCUCUCAUUUCCUUCCUAACUGGCGCGAAUGCACUUCUUCUUUUUGCGGUGAGCGGAGAAAAAUCUGGAAAGAAAGACAGCGUUGCUCCGUCGGAUGUUUUCACCGGGGCGUGAAGUCUAGCGGCCCGCAAAAUGAGCUCCCUGUCCGUGUACCGCAACAGUUUAAAGAUGAAAACCCGUGGUUUAGCGCGAUCUGAGGUGAACCUUGUGUACACACGAUGCGCUCGUUCCACUUCAAUCUCUUUGCCCGCCAAAGAUGGGAGCCAGGUCGGUAGCGAUUUUUUCAAAAAGCCCAUAGGGUCAUCCUUUUCGGCCCCUUCAGGCAAUCCAACCAGACGCAGAUUACUGCGCCUAUUGCGAUCCUGUAAGUCCACGAUCUGUUGCUCGAGCGCGGCUACUCGCUUAUCGUGAUCUGCGACCACUUUCUUUUGUUCUCUCAUCUCCCCUGUAAGAAGAUCCAGUUUGGAGCAUAGCGACUGAACAACUGACAUGUGAGAGGCGAAUUCGUUCCGCAUCGCCGUCAACUCAGUUCUUAGAAUGUCCUCAAAGUGCGCAACAGUGUUCGCCAUCUUGUCUACCAUGUCACCCGUGGUUGGUGGCUUGGAUUUCUUCUUAAUCGGAGAAGCCGUCGGAGAUAUCUCCUGCUGUUUCCGAUUGUAAGCCAUCAGAAAUAGUAUUAUUAAUGAAGUAAACUUAAAAUAAAACAAAAAAAUCAGCAAAAAGGGGCCAAACGUACGGAGCUCUACUCGAGUGCGACUAGGUUCAUGAGCACGUCACGUGACUCCGCUGUCGCCCCUAUUCAUUACGAAGAAACAAUAGAUUACUUAAACUGCAAAAUUGUAGAGCACAGACAAAGAUUUGUUGAACUUUUUCCAGCACAGCUGUUACCGAAACAUCAUUAUGUGGAGCACUAUCCACAUAUGAUUCAAUGUUUUGGACCUCUAGUAGGGCAGUGGACUAUGAGAUUUGAGGCGAAACAUAGUUUCUUUAAGAAAGUUGCUCGCCAGACAAAUUGUUUUAAAAACAUAAUGCUCACACUGGCUGCCAAACACCAGCAAAUGAUUGCUUAUCAGAUCCAUUCCUGUAGCCUUAAGAAGUCCUCACUAGAAGUUACAAGUGUCUCCACACUUCCUGUGGAUGUUUUAAACAAGGAAGUGGUAGCAGGUUUAAGACAAAAAUAUCCAGGAAUUAAUGAAGUUCAUCUUGCAAAAAAUGUGACAAACAAUGGAAUAAAUUAUAGAACUGGUAUGCUGAUUUCAUUUGGGUCAGCUGGUGGGCUCCUAGAGUUUGCUGAAAUUCUUCAAAUCUGUAUUAUCAAAAGCAGUUUGAAUUUUGUUGUGAAGGUACUGUGUGCAUGGUAUCAAGAACAUUUUAAAGCUUUUCAGUUGACUGUGUCUCCUGAUAGAGAGGUUGUUGCCCUGGUUGAUCUAGAUCAGCUAACUGAUGCUUAUCCACUGUAUGAUUAUAUGGUAGGAGGAAGACGAAUGGUGACCCUGAAGAGGCACAUCCUCAUUUAAGAAAAGAAGAGAAAAAUGUUGAGUCCGGUCAUUCUGAGGAUUGUUUUUGGUGGGGAUGAUGCAAGAAAGCUUACACUAAAGACAGGAAUCCCAAAGUCUGUGGAUGACCUUGUACUUGAAAUAAUGACUGUUUUUGGGGUGAAGCAAAAGUUCAGGCUCCAGUACAAAGAUAAGGACUUUGGAAAUGAAUACAUGAAUCUCAUGUCAACCAGUCAAAUUGAAGACAGGGAUACCCUGAAAGUGAUUUUUCUAUCAACCGAUUACUGUAUCUCCUGCAUGCAAGAGACUGCACCUGAUGCACCUUCCUGUUCCAGCAUUUUUGUUCCUUCACCCAGCUCAACAUGUAGCUCUGACCCUCUUGAAACAAGAGAUGUUAGCCCUUGUGCCAUUGACUCAGUCCAGGAAGUCAACUUGUCUGAUGACUCAUUUUCCAGCAGCGCUGAGACUGUCUUAAUUACGUCUCCAGAGUCAAGAACCAGUUCUUGGCCUCAGGUUUUUGUAGUUCCUCGUUUUUCAUGUUCUGCUGAAAUUCAGCUUCAGAGAGCUGACACAGAGUUCAACAAAAGUGGAAUGCUACUUAUUCCACCACCCAAACUAAGAUCUGACAUUCUUGAAGGCAUGGCUGAGGAGAUCUUUAGGUAUGCAGCAUACCCCUCUGAUAGUCAGCUUGAUCAGGCAGCUGAAGCCUUGAUAAAUGUCCACCCUUGCUUGAGGGAAAAAGGAACUCGCACUGGCCAUGAAGGAUGGAAACACUACCUAAAGAUUAAGAUGGCUAAUUUUCGCUCCAAACUAAGCAAGAUUGGACACCCCGAAAUCACUGUGAACUCUCUUAGGAACAAGCGUAAAGGUCAGGGUAAAGCAGAAUUAAACAUAAAAAAAACAAAAAAAGCUGAGGUGAAUUUCCUUCCUUGCCUUCCGAAAGGAGAAACAGCAGAAAGCAUGGAGAAGGAAAGAAUUGCUCUCUUAACUGAAGUGAAAAAGAAAAAUAACGAGGCAGUCGUUAAGGAAAAAAUGCACUUGACCUUUUCCUAUAGGCGGCAAGAGUUGGUUGAAGACUCGCCAAUGGUUUCUGAUUUACAAAGCAGGUGGCCUGCGCUGUUCACAGUAAAUGAAAUAAAUGCAGAAUUCAUGCGGAUAAUGACUGUGCCUCUUAUUUCAAAGUUCUUGGCGCAGCUGGACAAAUACACUGCUAAUCUACAGAAGGUUUUCAGCAGCAAAGGAGGUGCUUCUGGACAGAAGAUUUCACGCAUUAUGGCAGUUGCAGACAAGUGUGGUGACAUACACAUCAAACGAGAUUGUGUCAUCCAGAGUCUGUGUGUGUACCUGAAUGAGGAUAUAACAACAGUCAUCAAAGAAUUCCAGGACUGCAACCCUGAAGAAGCAGAAAGGGGAAUUUCUGAGACCACUCUGGGGCUUUUUGUGAUUCGCAAAGAAGGUGCUGGUGCUGAGGAUGACCCGGGUGAUGUUGGAGUUGUGAUAGAGGGUGCAAAGCUGAUCCAACACUUAAAGAGUAUUUCCUUUGGAUUAGUAAUGCUCUUCGGACUGAUCUACGCACUCAACUUAAGCUACCCUCAAAGUCUCAGGUUCACAUUUGAAUUCUUUCAGAAGGUACUUAUGAAUUUGGAUGGCAGCAAGCUUUCCCCAAAGGUUCAAUCACUUAAAAUUAAAAUGUUUCAGUGAAUAGGACAUUCACUGGUUGCCUACAUAUUUCCAACAACUGGAGGAACAUUGAAAACUUUUAGAAUGCCCUGAAAGAAACAUUUCUACAAAGCAUGACACUAACUCCAGCAUGCAAGAGACUGCACUUUCCUGCUUCCUGUAGCUCUGAAACUUUUGAUACAGGAGAUGUUACUUAUAUUGCUAUUGAGUCCAGGAAGUCAACUUUUCAGAUAACUUGUUUUCCAGUAGUGUUGAGGCUGUCUCGGGUUACGGUUCCAGUUCUUAGCCUCGUUGUAGUACUUUCUUGUUUUUCAUUUUCUGCAUAAACUCAGCUUCAGAGAGCAAAAACAGAGUUAAACCGAAGUGGAAUGCUACUUAUUCCACCACCCAAACAAUGGGUUUUUUGAAGACAUUCUUGAAGGCAUGGCUGAGAAGAUCUUUUGGUAUGCUGCAUACCCCUCUGCAGUGAGUUGGACACGUUUUAAUCACCUAAAUGCUGAAAUGUGAAAACCUGUUAUAUGUGUUAAAAAAAGUUUUGAAAACUUGAUAUAUGUGAAGUAAAAUAUAUGCUUUUCUUUUUUCCCUUUUCAAUUAUUUUAAUUCAUUGUAUUUUUUAUUGUAUAAAGGGUCCUGGUUAUUCAAUUGUUUCAACAAAUAUCAUGAGAAAUUAACAGAUUCUGAAGGUCACUUUGAGAACACGGUUAUAGUAAAAAAGAGAGUAUGUUUUAACAAAUAUUUAGGAAGAGAAGGGA